AUUCAUUCAUUCAUCAGCAUUUUAUAAACCAUGCCCUUUCGGCCUACAACCCAAAAGCAACCAAAGCAAGUGAAAAAUCUUAUCAAUCAUCAACCAUGUCUUCUUCUUGUCUUGUUCUGCUUCUUCAUUUUCUCCUCCUUUUAGAAUUCAGUUCCUUAUCUCAUGGAGCUUCUCCUUCUGUCUAUGAGUCGUUUGUCAAGUGCCUCACAACCAAAUCAAUUCCCCAAUCAGAUAUCUCCAAAAUCGUCUAUUCGGCAAACAACCCUUCCUUUAACCCCAUUUUACAAGCCUAUAUCAGAAACCGUCGGUUUGUUAACUCCUCCACAACUUCCAAACCGGUCAUCAUUGUCACCCCUACGCAAGAAUCCCAUGUCUCAGGUGCCGUCCUUUGUACCAAAGAGGCUAAUUUACAGCUUAAAAUUCGUAGUGGUGGCCAUGAUUAUGAGGGUAUUUCGUAUAUAUCCAAUGUUCCUUUUAUUAUGCUUGACAUGUUUAAUCUCAGGUCAAUUUCUGUAAAUGUCACCGAUGAAACCGCUUGGGUUGAAGCAGGUGCUACAUUGGGGGAACUUUAUUAUAACAUAUGGACGAAAAGUAACGUUCUUGGUUUUCCAGCGGGUGUUUGCCCUACUGUUGGGGUUGGUGGACAUCUCAGUGGGGGUGGCUAUGGGAACAUGCUUCGUAAGUUUGGACUCAGUGUUGAUCAUGUUUUGGAUGCUCGACUUGUGGAUGCUAAUGGUAGAAUUCUUGACCGGAAAGCCAUGGGUGAAGACAUGUUUUGGGCAAUUAAAGGAGGUGGUGGUGCUAGUUUUGGUGUCAUUUUAGCCUUUAGAAUCCAACUUGUGCAAGUCCCACAAACCGUGACUUACUUCAGAGUUGAAAGGUUUAUAGUGCAGAAUGCUACCGACGCUGUUGUCCAGUGGCAGAAUGUUGCUAGCAAAAUUGACAAUAGUCUCUACAUGAGGCUACUUAUACAACCCAUCACAGUAAAAGACAAAAACAAGGCGAAGGGGGCGAAGAGCAGUAAGACGAUACGAGCAACGUUCAUAGCAUUAUUCCUUGGUGAUUCUAGUAGAUUAAUGUCUCUCGUAAGCAAAGAAUUCCCUGCUUUGGGUUUAAAAAAGCAAGAUUGUUUGGAAAUGAGCUGGAUUGAUUCAGUGCUGCAGUGGGCGAAUUUCGACAACACGACAAAGGCAGACGUCUUGUUGAACAGAACAGGAGAUCCACUAAAUUUCUUGAAAAGAAAAUCGGAUUACGUACAAGUACCAAUUCCCAGAGAUAGGUUGGAAUCAAUUUCCCAGAAGAUGAUUUCUUUGGGAAAAGUAGGACUAGUUUUCAAUCCUUAUGGAGGAAGAAUGGCUGAAAUUCCCGAGGACAAAACACCAUUUCCCCAUAGAGCAGGAAUUCUUUUCAAGAUUCAGUACUCAGUGAAUUGGAAUGAUGGAGGAGUAGCGGCAGAAAAGGAUUACCUUUCACAGAUAAGAGAUUUGUACAGCUUUAUGACCCCAUAUGUUUCAAAGAACCCCAGACAAGCCUAUUUGAAUUACAGAGAUCUUGAUAUUGGUACGAAUGAUCAUGUUUCACACAGUUUAGAAGAAGGACGGGUAUAUGGGACCAAGUAUUUCAAGAACAAUUUUGAUAGGUUGGUGAAAGUCAAAUCAAUUGUGGAUCCACGGAAUUUCUUUAGAAAUGAGCAGAGUAUUCCUACUCAGUGGAAACGGAGGAAGAUGUUCUAAUCUAGCUUUGGCUUUAGUUCUGUGAAUGUUUGAUCUUGAUGACCAUUAUUUUUCUAGUUUAUCAUACACUGUUAAUUAUUCAAUGGAUCAAACAAAUUCAUUGUAUAAAGAGGACUCGAAUAUUACUUAAUGAUCUUUUUGUCCUUU